UAUUAAUUUGAUAAUCUAGAAAUGAAAUAAUGAGUAGGUAGAGAAGUAAAAUUAGAGAAGGUGGCAAGAACAAGGAACAACUCAGUCACCAUGUAUAUAGGCUUAAGCAGCUUAAGAAUUAGAACCCACUUCGUUAUUCCUACUCUCAACCAUAAACCCAAAUCCUCUAUUUUCUCUCUCCUCAAUUCUUCUUUUUCUUCAAUGUCUUACCAAAAGGAGCUUGUUGCUGCCAAGAAAGCUGCUAGUCUUGCUGCCAAACUUUGCCAGAAAGUACAAAAAUCAUUGUUGCAAUCUGAUGUUCAAUCAAAACUGGACAAGAGCCCUGUAACAGUUGCGGAUUAUGGUUCACAAGCUGUUGUUAGUUUUGUUCUUGAACAUGAACUUUCUGCAGAACCAUUUUCUUUGGUGGCCGAGGAGGACUCUGGAGACCUGAGAGAGGAUGGUGCACAAGAUACUUUAGAGCGUAUCAGAGUGCUUGUAAAUGAUACUAUUGCCAGUGAGAGUACAUACAGUGUUUCACCUUUGUCAGCUGAUGGUGUACUUGCUGCUAUCGAUAGUGGUAGAUCUGAAGGUGGUGCUGUAGGUCGGCACUGGGUUUUGGACCCUAUAGAUGGUACUAAAGGGUUUGUGAGGGGGGAUCAGUAUGCAAUAGCAUUAGCAUUGCUAGAUCAAGGAAGAGUAGUCCUUGGGGUCUUGGCUUGUCCAAAUCUUCCUUUAGCACCUCUUGGUGUGCAGAGCUCUGCCGGUCAAACUGGCUGUCUUUUCUCAGCUGUCCUUGGUGAAGGAACCUAUAUGGAAUCACUUGAUGGUUCUUCCCCAGUCAAAGUAAAUGUCAGCCCUACAGAAAAUUCUGAAGAGGCAUCAUUCUUUGAAUCAUAUGAAGCAGCUCAUUCCUCCUUUGAUCUGAGUAGCUCCAUAGCAAAAAAACUUGGUGUCAAAGCACCUCCAGUUAGGAUUGAUAGCCAAGCAAAGUAUGGGGCUUUGAGCAGAGGUGAUGGGGCUAUAUAUUUGCGUUUCCCGAAAGCAGGUUAUCGAGAAAAGAUAUGGGACCAUGCCGCUGGGUCUAUUGUCGUUACAGAAGCUGGAGGUAUCGUUUCAGACGCUGCAGGAAACCCAUUAGAUUUUUCGAAAGGGAAGUAUCUUGACCUGUACAAAGGCAUAAUAGCUUGCAACCAGAAGCUAAUGCCAGCCCUUCUGAAGGCAAUUCAACAGUCCAUAGAGGAGAAGGCUGCAUCCUUGUAGUGCUGCUUUCUCUAAUGUAACAAUAGUGUUUAUCUUCAAUUUGAUGCCCCUUUCUAUUUUACAUAACGAUUAAUGUCAGUUUGACAUACUGUAAAACAACGUACUAGAGUUUUUGGGGAAGAUCGUAGAUGAGAAACUGAAGCAUUUAUAAAAAUUAAUAAAAUGUUGGUCUAUUUUUUUGUUUGCACAA